UUUAAAUUAAUCACCUCAAUCUGUUUUACAAUCAUAUAUAAACUGUUUUUCUCUGUAUGUCACCCACAGGUCAAAAUGGAUCUCAAAUUGAACUCCUUUUCAUGGAAUCCCAUGGAACCAUUCAUUUUCACUGCGGCAUCAGAAGAUUAUAAUGUCUACACGUACGAUACACGAUACUUCAAAUUCCCCCGUCGUGUGUAUCGAGGUCACACAAACGCUGUACUCGAUGUGGAUUAUUCCCCAAGUGGCAGAGAAUUUGUAACGGGCAGUUACGACUCUACGGUCCGUUUAUGGGAUUGCAAUCGAGCAGAGUCGUUUGAUGUUUAUCACGCGCGUCGGAUGAAACGAGUUUUGGGAGUACGAUUCACACUGGACACGAAAUUUAUCCUCACCUCGUCUUCCGAUCAAAAUGUACGCGUAUGGAAGGCACAUGCAAGCGAGAAAAUUGGCCCGGUUCAACCUCGCGAAAAAGCGUCGAUUAAUGCGGCCGAGGCAUUGCGUGACAAAUUCAAAGAUCAUCCGGAAGUGAAAAAAAUACUCAAACGACGUCACCUACCCAAAUCGGUUCUCGCGGCCAGUCGUGAACAUGCUAUUAUCCGUGCCAAACACCGGCGAAAGGAGCGUAACAUUCGUGUCUUCAAUAAGAAAGAUUUAGACUAUUAUCCUACCACACGCCCACAUUCAGUGCUCCCCACAAAUGGCGUUUGGAUUACUCGUCACGUGAACGGUCUAUUGUCAAACUAA